AUGGGAUGGAGCAAGGGCAAAAAGAAGAAAAGGCCUGAGCAAAAUGAUGGGGAUUUGAAGUGUGAUGAUGAAGAAGAAAGCAAAUUGACCUAUACAGAGAUUCAUCAGGAAUAUAAAGAACUAGUUGAAAAACUGUUGGAAAGUUACCUCAAGGAAAUUGGAAUUAAUGAAGAUCAGUUUCAAGAAGCAUGCACUUCUCCUCUUGCAAAGACACGUACAUCACAGGCCAUUUUGCAGCCCGUGUUGGCAGCAGAAGAUUUUACUAUCUUUAAAGCAAUGAUGGUCCAGAAAAACAUUGAAAUGCAGCUGCAAGCCAUUCGAAUAAUUCAAGAGAGAAAUGGUGUAUUACCUGACUGCUUAACCGAUGGAUCUGAUGUGGUCAAUGACCUUGAACAAGAAGAGAUGAAAAUCCUGAGGGAAGUUCUUAGAAAAUCCAAAGAGGAAUAUGACCAAGAAGAAGAAAGGAAGAGAAAAAAACAGUUACUUGAGCCUAAAACGGAAGAAUCCCCAGGACAUACUAGUGAAGCUGCAAAAAUGAGUAAUUCCCAAGGGGAUGGUGAACAUUUUGCACACCUACCCUCAGGUAAGCUGGAGGUAUACUGAACUUUCUCUAAUAAUAUGAAUACAUAACAUUGUGUGGAGUAUGUUAUACUCUCAUGUAUAUUUAACCUUCAGAAACCCUGGAAGGGAGUAUUGAAUGGUUUUGGUAUAUGGAAUUCUU